UCUGAUCAAAGUCUAAUUAUUAAUCGGUUACAAACUGAACUUCAAGAAACUACUCAAGCGAAAGAACAAGCUCUCGAAGAAUUGGAUCUUUUAAAAAAAGAUUUUGGGGCACAAAAAGAACUUAUAAUCACUCUCGAGGGCGAAUUGAAGCAUGUGAGAGAGGAAUUAAAUAAAUCUAAGGAAGAUAAUAAAGAAGUUAAUAAGAAGUUUGAAGAUUUGUCCAAAUUGCUAAAUGAUACUUUGAAGCAACGAGAAGAAGGUGAAAACAAGAUUCAAGUUUUGGAAAUUCAAAUUCAAGAAUUAGCCGCAUCAAAUGAAACUAACGAACAAGAAGCUUCAAUUAUUCGAGAAGAAAUAUUCAAUGCUAGGCAUAAAAUGAGUGCACAGAAUGAACUUUUAGCAGAACUGGGAACUCAAAUGAUGGCGGCAGAACAGGAAC